CAGCUAGAAAUGGCGGUCAGCGCUUCGUAAUUAACUUUUGCGUUUUUUGUUAAUUUAUGUGGAAAAAUGCAUAUAAAACAGGUAAUUAUUCAGGGUUUCAAGAGUUACCGCGAGCAAAUAGUCGUUGAACCAUUCGACAAAAGACACAAUGUAGUCGUUGGGAGAAAUGGAUCAGGAAAAAGUAACUUUUUCCAUGCCAUUCAAUUUGUAUUGAGUGAUGAAUUCUCUCAUCUCAGACCUGAACAGAGGCUGGCGCUUCUUCACGAAGGCACUGGACCAAGAGUUAUAUCAGCGUUUGUUGAAAUCAUUUUUGACAAUUCUGACAACAGGAUUCCAAUUGAAAAAGAUGAAAUCUUCCUCCGUCGUGUCAUCGGUUCGAAAAAGGAUCAGUUCUUCCUCAACAAAAAAGUGGUACCACGGUCCGAAGUGCUCAACUUAUUGGAGAGUGCUGGUCUUUCUAACUCCAACCCAUACUACAUCGUCAAACAGGGCAAAAUCAAUCAGAUGGCUGUUGCACCAGACUCGCACAGGUUGAAGCUACUCAGAGAAGUGGCGGGGACAAGGGUUUACGAUGAACGUAGGGAGGAGUCCGUUACUAUCCUGAAAGAGACUGUUGGGAAGGUUGAGAAGAUCAAUGAGUUCCUGCAAACCAUCGAGGAGAGAUUAAAAACCCUUGAGGAAGAGAAAGAGGAGCUGAAGGAAUACCAGAAGUGGGACCGCGCCCGGAGAGUGCUCGAGUUCAUCAUACAUGACACCGAACAUAGGGAGAAUAAGAGAAAGCUGGAAGAGUUGGAAAAAAUGCGUUCAAACAGUGGCAAAGAACAACAGCAUUACGCCGAUCAAGUGCGGGAGGCGCAAGACCAUGUUAGAGAGGCUAACAGAAAACUAAAAGAAGCCCGCAAGGAUGUGGCGGCGGCGCGCGAAGAAAAAGACAUUCUGUCCACAGAGCAACAACAACUGGUCCGCGAGAAGACCAAACUCGAGCUCGGCAUCAAGGACUUGACUGAUGACGUCGAUGGCGACAAUAAAUCCAAGGAGCGUGCCGAGGCCGAAUUAGAGCGCCUCAGGCAACAGAUAUCAGAAAAAGAGCGCGAAUUAGAAGAACUGAAACCUAAAUACGAAGAGAUGAAGGCGCGCGAAGAGGAAUGUACGCGUGCUCUCGCACUCAACCAGCAGAAAAGACAGGAAUUGUACGCCAAGCAGGGCAGAGGCACACAGUUCACGUCAAAACAGGACCGGGACCGCUGGAUCGAGAAGGAACUCAAGUCGCUAAACAAGCAAAUCAAAGACAAGAAAGACCACGAGGGCAAACUUCGAGAGGACUUGCGCCGCGACGGCACAAAACUGACGGAGCUGGAGAAAAGGAUUGAGGAGAUGACGAAAGAGAUGGAGAGACAACGCGUGGCCAUCGACGAGCACAACAAACAGUACUACGAGUGCAAGAAGAGGAAAGACCAGGAGCAGAGCGCGAGGAACGAGCUUUGGCGCAAAGAAACAACACUGACGCAAAAUCUGUCGUCACUGAAAGAAGACUUGGCCAAAGCGGAUCAAGCUCUUCGCUCUAUGGCCGGAAAGCCAAUCCUAAACGGAAGAGACAGUGUAAGAAAAGUACUUGAAACAUUCCAAGAACGUGGCGGAGAGUGGGCCAAAAUAGCCACCCAAUACUACGGGCCGGUCAUCGAAAACUUCACUUGCGACAAGACUAUUUACACAGCGGUAGAAGUAACAGCCGGUAACCGUCUGUUUCACCACAUCGUCGAGUCAGACACUGUAGGAACCAAGAUCCUGAAGGAGAUGAACCGGCAGAGUCUACCUGGGGAGGUGACUUUCAUGCCUUUGAACCGUCUUCAAGUCCGGGACAUGGUCUACCCCAAUGAUAAUAACGCAAUAGCCAUGGUGCAGAAGCUGAAAUACGACGCCAAGUACGCCAAAGCCAUGAAGUACAUCUUCGGCAAGACACUCAUCUGCAGGAACCUCGAGUGCGCCACCGAGCUCGGGAAACAGUUCCAUCUGGACUGCGUCACGCUGGAGGGAGACCAGGUAUCCUCAAAAGGUUCCCUCACCGGCGGUUACUUCAACCAAUCUCGCUCUCGUCUAGAGAUGCAGAAGACCCGCUCCGAACUCAUGGAACAGAUUAGCACCCUUGAAUUAGAACUGUCCAGCUUGCGGCAAGACCUGAGCAAGACCGAGACAAGUAUCAACACCAUCGUGUCUGAGAUGCAAAGGACGGAGACUAAGCAGAGCAAAGCCAAGGACAUAUUUGACAAAGUAAAGGCGGAUAUUCGUCUGAUGAAAGAAGAGUUGGGCUCCAUUGAACGCUUCCGCGGGCCUAAAGAGCGCUCGCUAGCGCAAUGCCGCUCCAGUCUUGAAGCCAUGCAGGCUACUAAGGAAGGACUUGAGUCUGAGUUGCACCAGGAGCUCAUGGAACAACUGUCUACUUCGGACCAAGGCAAAGUGGAUGAGUUGAACGACGCCAUCCGUCGUCUCACCCAGGAGAACAAGGAGGCUUUCAGUUCUAGGAUGAACUUGGAAGCCACCAAGAACAAACUGGAAAAUCUUCUCACUAACAACUUGAUUCGCCGCAAAGACGAGUUAGUGCAAGCGUUACAAGAGAUCUCAGUCGAAGACCGCAAGCGGCGACUAGCCAACAGCAAGACUGACCUGGCCGCCGCUGAACGCCGCAUUAAACAGAUCAAUCGCGAGUUGGAAGAAGUAGAACGAAAGGUUCAGACCGCCGUCAAGAACGAAAAGGCACUCAAAUUGGAACUCGACAAGUGGAGGAACAAGGAAAAAGAAGCUCAAGAUAAAAUGGAAGAGGACGCCAAAGGAUUGGAAAAGAUGGCGUCCAAAGAAGUGUUGCUACAGGAGAAAAUACAAGAAUCUCUGGACAAAAUCGCAGCGCUGGGAACGUUGCCCAACGCGCCUGAACUCCAUGCUAAAUACCAGAAAAUGUCUUUGAAACAGCUUUUCAAAGAGUUAGAAAAAGCCAACCAGCACCUCAAAAAGUACAACCACGUCAACAAGAAAGCUUUAGACCAAUUCAUUAGUUUCUCAGAACAGAAGGAAAAACUGUACAAACGGAAGGAGGAACUUGAUAUUGGUGGCGAGAAGAUCCGCGAGCUCAUCGAAACCCUCGAGCACCGUAAGCUAGAAGCCAUCCAGUUCACGUUCAAGCAGGUGACCAAGAACUUCACGGAGGUGUUCAAGAAGCUCGUCCCGCACGGCCGCGGCAGCCUCAUCAUGCGGGUAGGCGCCGACGACGCGCCCGACGUCAACCCCGAGCGCGCCAACGCAGACCAAUUCGCAGGAGUAGGCAUCAAAGUGUCGUUCACGGGCGGCGAAGGCGAUAUGCGAGAGAUGAACCAGCUGUCGGGCGGACAGAAGUCGCUGGUCGCGUUGGCGCUCAUCUUCGCCAUCCAGAAGUGCGACCCCGCGCCCUUCUACUUGUUUGAUGAAAUUGAUCAGGCGCUGGACGCACAGCACCGCAAGGCGAUAGCCAACAUGAUCCACGAGCUGUCGUCGUCGGCGCAGUUCAUCACCACCACCUUCCGGCCCGAGCUGCUCGAGCACGCGCACAAGUUCUACGGCGUCAAGUUCCGCAACAAGGUAUCUCACGUCGAAUGCGUCACACAGGACGAGGCCCGAGACUUCGUGGAAGACAGCGCGCAACACGCGUAAUACCUCCUACCACUACUCGACAGUGGCACAGUACUAAAAUGCUUGUCUUAUAUUUAAUUAGACUGCAUUUAGAGUGAGGCGGAAUUUUCAUACAAAUGACGUAUUUAAAAUAUGCAAGUGGCGUCGGAAAACACCGAAAGCCCACAACGCCGCGAUAGAGCUGGAUCUUUAUGUUUAUUUUGCACAAAUAAUUCAAAUAUAAUUAAUUUCUAAUAAAAUUCUUAAUACAUGGUGCAUCCGUGGCCUAGUUAAUAGUUGGGACUUACCGAAGUGGUAAAUAUAUUAGCUAGUUCAAUAGUGAUGUGGCGAAGAGGAAAUUCAAAUGCAUAAUUUUGUUAACAACAGAUUCAUUUCGCAAAUACAUAUCCAAAACCAUCUUUAGGCUAAUUACGAUGACUGAAAUUCACUCAAUUUCCAAUUUGACAUGUUCAUUGUUAUUGAGUAAGACAUUUUUAAUAAAAACAUUUCUUUUUAUUUAACGUUUUCAUCACUUAAAAUACAAAUUGGUCAUGAAUGAGACAUGACCAAAUUAUUGGAAUCGUUAGAGCAUCAGUUCGUCUUGUUAUGACAUCCUGGGAGGCGAAAUUGACAGACUGAAGUCGAUGACGAGGACCAUUAUGUCAAAUUCAAUAAUUUUUAACCGACUUCAACAAAAUGAGGAGGUUCUCAAUUCGGUUGGUAAGUUUUUUUGGAGAGCUAAUGCCGUUGACUAAUGACGUUUCUUGAUUCCAAUAGAUUUCUGAUGAGUUCUAAUGCUGUGAGCUUUUUAGAUAUAAUUUUUAGUUUAUUUUUAUUUAAAUUUGUAUACAGCAGGACAUGAAUAAUGUAUCAUGUCAUACGAUGGAGUUCAAGUAAUUAAAUAAAUAAGACGAUUGAGCUAUUUUUUUACUGUAGUAUUUUAAUCCUAGUAAUAAGAUAGAAAAACUAGAUUCGGAUUAAAUUUUUUUAUUAUUAAGAUACACUGAUUGCGAAUGUAUGAAGUUCUGUGAAAAGAUGAAUGAUGUGACAAUGUUAUAGAACAUCACAAAUCAUUAAUAUUCUAAAUGAGCUGUUAUUGUUUUUAAAGUAUGAAGUGAUGUUGUCAAUGAUAGUAAUUAAAGAUUUCCUUACCUGAAGUAAAUGUUUAUUAUAAUACGAUAUUUUGGUCUCAAUAGCAAUUGUGGUUGAGCAAAUAAAAGAAUACGUUAAAGAA